AUGGAACGUUUUGAGCAUGCCAAAGACGGCCUCUCCGUCAAAUACAUCGCCGAUGAGUUUGAAACGAAGACAGUUGUUAUUCCUAUGGCAACCUAUGCGCAAAUGAACAAAGAGUUCGACAAGGCUUCCGAAAUCACUCAGUUUUUGAAAGCUCUCCCAGGUAUUCAAGUCGAACUGCCGAUUCUUCACGAGUUCUGGAGGAUCAAAAUGAUCGAAUUCAACGAAAAAAGGAGAAUUGCACGACAGCAAUAUGAAAAGGAACAGGCCAGAAAAAUUGGAUCUGGGGAGUGCGUACCGUUCAUCCGUUCGCUUCAGUUGGCAGUUCAAGCAAGAAACAAAGCACAGGAGGCGGCACGAAGAGCGACUGAAGAAGAAGCGUCUGUAGCACCGGUCACACCAAGUAUUGCUAUCACGUCUGCCACUACCCCAGGACCACAGACUCCAAAAAACAAUUCUACUCCAGAAAAAAAGGCUGCAAUUACUCCGAAAACGGAGAAGAGAUCAGCAAGUAGGAGAGCUGGAGGAAUGUCUCAACCAAAACAAAGCUUUGCGAGUACUUCCGUCUUGACUGCCACCACAUCCUCCGCACCACAGACUCCAAAGGCAGUUACCGCGAAACCAAAUGCCACAGUCGCUCCGAAAACGAAGAAGAGAUCAGCAUCUGGAAGAGCUGGAAACUCGCCUCAGCCAAAGCGAAGAACUUCGAGUCUUGCAAUCUCGACUGUCGGAAAUCCCAAAACAACUCCCGCCUCAUCGAGAAAAGCUACAGUCACCCCGAAAACAAAGAGAGGGCACCCGAAGCAAACCACUGCGAACUCGGAUUCCGUCAAGACAUCUGCUACACAACAGACUCCAUCAACAAUCACAGCUACACCCAAAAGAAAAAGUAGCGGGCGCCCGAGGAAAAGCAUUCUGAAUUCGACUUCUGGCGACGGACCACAGCAGACUCCAACAAGGAUCAAAGCAACUCCUAAAAGAAAAAGUAGCGGGCGCCCAAAGAGGAACGUUCUGGAUUCGGCUUUCAAUGAGACAUUGGCACCAACAAAGAAGCCAACAAAAGCCAAAGUGACGCCAAAAACAAAAAAAAUAUCAUCACAUGAAACAGCUGGCAGUUCAUCUCGACCAAAGCGUAAUGCGGUCUCCUCCUUGAAGCGUAAAUCUACCGGUGAAAAGACCUUAGGAAGUGAGAAGCGUCGCAGAAUCAAUUAA